AUGGGACCCUCAAAAGCAUCCCCCUCCGAGGCGGCCCCAGCCUACGAUGAGCACGGCUUCCACGACGAGCACCCCGUAAACGCAUUUCCCCCUUCAGGAUCAGCCUCAGCCUACUCGACGAUCCCGCAGAACGACGAGCGCGACAUCGAGCUUGCGCACAAUCACGCAGCUCCAGACUCAUCGGCUCCUUUCAAUCACUUCAAGCCGCAUCAGCACUGCGAGACAUGCGACAAAUUCACGUCGGCGCGCGAGGUCAGGGCCAACGAGAGGCACUGCUGUCUCUGGGUUGCCAUUGUAUUCAUGACAAUCAGCGUCUCGGUAGCGAUCUUGGGAAUUGUUGCUGUUGAGGCAAAGUUCAAGCAUCACAAGGACUAG